AUGUUUUAUCAUAUAAUUUUAUUAUUAUUAUCAUCAAUAUUUUAUUCGAUUUCUACUGUUCAUUUAUUGAAUACAACAUCAGGUAUAUAUGUUGGUCGUACAGUUAAAUAUCGUAAUACAAUUGUUCAACAAUAUUUGGGUAUUGAAUAUGGUAGAAUUAGACAACGUUUUGAACGAGCAGAACCAAUUAUUCGUCAGAAUGAUUCAAUUAUUAAUGCUACAUCAUUUGGAAGUGUAUGUAAACCAACAAUAAGUUCAUGUACAACAAAUACGAGUGGACUUCUAUUAACAACUUCAUGUGCAAUUAAUUAUGGAAUAUUUUCUAUAAAAUCAAAACCAACUGAACAAUGCCUUUUUCUAAAUAUUUUUAUACCGAUGACAAUAGAUAAUAAUAAUAAAACAAAAAAAGCCAUUUAUAUCUGGAUUCAUGGUGGUUCUGGUCAAGUUGGUACAGGAAAUGUAUUUGAUGGAACUAUUUUUGCUGCUUUAGGAGAUAUAAUUGUUGUAACAUUUAAUUAUCGUUUGAAUCUUUUUGGAUUUCUUUCUUCAGGUGAUGAACGUUUAGAAGGUAAUCUUGGUUUAUAUGAUCAAUUAAUGGUACUUGAUUGGAUAUAUAAUAAUAGUAAAGUAUUAGGUGGUGAUAGUCAACGUAUAACAAUUGGUGGUCAUUCAGCUGGUGCACCCUAUGCUUAUUAUUUAGCAUUAUCACCAUUUAAUCGUGGUCGAAUACGUCGUUUAAUAUUGCAAAGUGGUUGUCCAUUUAAUAUUUGGUCACAUAUAAAAGCUGAUCAAGCUAUAGAAAAAUUUAAUAUUGUUGCACAAGAUAACCAAUGUGAAAUGAUGAUAACAUUUGAUGAAAAAUUAAAAUGUUUACGUGAAAAAGAUUAUCAGUCAAUUGUUGAACAUGAACAUUAUUCAUAUACAAGUGCUAAUCACACAAAUGUUGUUAUUAAUGGUAAUUAUAUGAAUAGAUUUCAAGAAGAAUUACAUAUAAAUGAUACAUCAUUAGCUAAUAUUGAUAUUCUUAUGGGAUCAAAUGAUGAUGAAGGUAUUUAUGUUGCUAUCGUACCUAUUCUUAUCGAACAACCUGAUGACGAAUUUAUAAUACUUAACAGUAUGAAUUUUACUGAAAUUUCAUUAAAAUUUCUUGCUGCAAUGCAACCAAACAAAACUUGUUUACAUGAACAAGCGUUAGAAUUAUAUCAUAUUCGUAAUAUGUUAGAUGAUUGUUAUCAAUCACCCGAUUGUUAUUGUUCAGCAUUCUAUAAUUAUUCUCGUCUUAUAAGUGAUGUUUUAUUUUUAAAUGAUUAUUAUCGUUUUCUUACACAUCGUAUUAAAUCUUCUUCCAAUAGAACAUUUCUUUAUCAAUAUUCUUAUCGUACAUCACAAGAACAUCCAACAUUAUGUAAUGAUUAUUUACGUAAACAUAAUUUAGUUGGUCAUUUUGCUGAACUUGAAUAUACAUGGGGUACACCAUUAUUAUUUCAAACAAAAAAAUUAAUUCCAUUAAUUCAAUAUACUCCAUAUGAAAAGAUGAAUUAUACAAAUGAACAAAUUGAAUUUAGUCAACAAAUAAUUGAACAAUGGUCAAAUUUUAUUAAAUAUGGUAAACCAUAUAGUAAAAAAUUUCAAUAUCAAUGGAAACCAUUUAUGAAUAUAUCUAAUGGAACAAUUAUGCAUUUAAAACUUAAUCAAAGUGAAAUAAAACAAUUUGAAAUUCCAUCAAAUAUAUUAUUUUGGAUGAAUGAAUGUGUAACAAUAGAAAAUAAUACAAUAAUUGAUUUAAAUAAUCGGCAAUUAAUUGAUGAUAUUUCGUUAACAGUAUUUGUUUGUACUAGUUUACUUGUUAUUUCUUUUACGAUAAGUUCAUCAUUUGAUGAAUUCAUUUUACGAGAUCAACAAAAAACGGAAAUAUAA